CCACAAAGUCUCUCUCACUGAUGGCAUCCAUGCUGUUCAGGCUGAUGGAAGCAAAGUCCAGUUCUGUAAGGGAAGUGGUGGACAGAAGAGGUCGUGUUUAGCCUAACUUGAAGUCUGCAGGUUGCCCCACCAGGUGACUGCGAGCCCUAUUGUAGUCCCAGGAACACAAAUAAGCUGUGUUGAGGCUUUGUUACUUGUCCCAGGUGGCCAGUUUGUAGCAGAAGUGGUUCAAUUUAUUUUAUGCUCCUACCAUACAGGCAUAAGCUUUCUUAAUUUGUUAGAAAGUCUUACAGCUUUCCAGUUCCUUGGGAGCUGCUUGCCACCUGUGCCCCUGGUCAUCAGAUGAUAUUCUAGUUUUGUAUUUGAUACCCUCCCUGCCCAUGUUAAGAUGCUGCAUUAUAUCUCAAAGUAGCAUUACGACAGUGUGUCAGUGUUUCUCUUAUUCCCAGAUAUUAUAAUCAGACUUGUGCUACUCAGUCAGGGAGACAUUUACCACUGCGUAGAAGCUCUCUAUCAAUUUCCAGUGGGUUGCCAGCCAGAGCACCGCUGCCAGGGAAAAAAAGAAACAGAAGUCAUGCAUGAUAUCUUGCACGGUCCAACAAGAGGUGAUCUCGAGCAAUGAGGGGUGACACCUCUCUCUCCCUUCAAGAGAUUCUGGCGUCACACUGCUCCCUGAAGCAUGGUCUGAGGCUCAGCAAACUGAACUCUCAACUAAACCAGAAGUUCUCUUCCAGAGAAGAAGGUUUGUUUGAUGAAAGCCUGGUAGUUCUUGAUUUCAAAGAGAAGAGAGAAGAGCAUCUCUUUGGAGGGUAUGUCAGUCAUGGCACUUUUCUUUGAAGACCUUGCUGCUGCCCUGAUUGGUAUCAGUCAAAGAGCAAGCCUAGAAGUCUCCUGUCCCAGGAAGGUUGGGACUUGGGAAAGGACUUACAUGGCAGCGCGCUCCACCAGGGUCUUGAUGAGCUGCAGCAGAAAAGAUGCGAAUGCUGCGCUGCUGAGUAACUUCGAGGUGUUCCAAUUACUUACUGAUCUUAAGCAGCAGCGCAAGGAGAGUGGAAAAAACAAGCAGAGCUCUGGUCAGCAGAAUCUGAACACCAUCAUGUAUGAGACACUGAAAUACAUCUCAAAAACACCGUGCAGAUACCAGAGUCCUGAGACUGUCAGAGAAUUCCUCAUUGCAAUGAAGAGCCAUAAGCUGACCAAGGCGGAAAAGCUGCAGUUGCUGAACCACAGGCCUGUGACAGCAGUUGAAAUACAGCUGAUGGUAGAAGAAAGCGAGGAAAGACUGACAGAGGAGCAGAUCGAGUCGCUUCUCCAGACAGUGUCCAGCAUUCUUCCAGGGGAUCCAGAGGAACAGCAGAGAGACUCAGCGAUGGAAACUGAAGACAGGGGCGGCCAGUAGCAGGAGGCAUCUAGACCAAAGCCAGCAAUAAUUUCAGCAGAAGAGAAUUGGUUAAUCUUUUUCUGUUUUUACUCGAUACCAGUUUCAUCUUAGAUUGAGCAUCGUUGUAAAAUAUAUUAAAUUUUUUAUUCUUCAGAGGUGAUGAGGGAACCCGUUGUUUACCAGAAAGCGUGGAAGAGGACACUGGGGUGAUAGUAACUGCUUUAUAUCGUAGCAGACAAGUUACAGGGCACAGAAUGUGAAGCUUUUGUAUUUUUUACAUUACCCAUGUAACAGCUGUACAUUUGAGUAGGCUAAUAUACAGCUGGCAGUGUUUUAAUUAUCACAGCAGUACUAUAAUUAUAAUUGCUUUCAGAUGAUGUUGAAUUGCCCAACUGCUUUUCUGAAUGUGAUUUACAAUACAAAGCCAGAUUUUGGAGCUGUUUGGGAAUGGGGCUGCUUCCAUGGAUCUGUGCACGGAGUAAUGUACAAAAACUGCUUGGUAUCUGUUUGGAGAACAUAAAGUAGGUGGAUGGCAUCCUGGGAGUGAGAGGAUCUGUUGGUAGGAUAACUCAAGGAUGUCAGACAGUGUAGAUAAAUGGUAGAUGCACAUGAUCAGCUGGAUAAACGUACUGCUCUGAACACGGCUGGACUGGACCAGUUUUGCAGCAGCUCAGGCUCUGGGCUGUAAUGCUAAGGCUCUUGGUAACACAAACAGAAGGACAUGUCAGAGUGAGGUUUGUAUUUCGCCUUGGGUAUUUGUUCUGAUAUUUAUGUAUAAGCAAGUCACAGUCCUGCCAAUGUGCUUUCAACCGUGGAAUAAAUGAAUGAGUCAACACUGAAGUCCUAAUCUGGUUUCUAAGAAUGAAAAUCAGUCAUGUCUGGAGGAGGAUUUUUUGUGUACUGAGCUUUGUCUGAUUAAAGAUUUCAGGGUCAAGUAUUAAAUGUUGAAAGCAUUGAUGAUUAUGAGAAAUCUUUUGUAGAUAUGCACAAAGUCAUGAGUUACACAUGGCGCUGGUUUUAUACUUCAGACCAUUCUACUGUAAUUGUUACAGAGGACUGGAAAAAGAAAUAAAAUUUGAAGUACGUCCUGGGACUUUUUUGGCUUGAAGACA